AUGGGGAACGGCGUGUCCAGCGAGAUGGAGAUCUUCGCAGACGGCGAGAUGGAGGCGGAGCUCAAGCGCCUCGGCGGCACGGGCGACGCCAGCGUCAAGCAGCUGCUGGGCCAGGGCUACCGGGACGUGGUGCAGCUCCUGGUCCGUCCAAAACGCGCGCUCUACGACCUCCACGAGCUCGGCCCCGAGCGCUUUUACGUCGGUAUACUGAACGCCAGUCAAAAGCAGGACCUCGUCGUCAUGGAGUCGAGACGGCGGGACUUUGACGUCACGAACGAGCGCGGACUGCGCGUUUGCUGCUCGCACUGGCGGCUCUUCAAGUCCUCGAGCGAGAGCAGCAGGAGCGAGAGCAGGAGGAGUACCUCUACACUGGCAGUCACACCUUGUGUGGUCUACUUGCACUCGAACAUUGGCUCGAGACGGGACGCUCUGCGGGUACGAGAUGCGGCGCUUGAGCGCGGCUUCUCGGUCUUGGCCUUUGACUGCUGUGGCUCGGGGCUCUCGGACGGGGUGUACGUGACCAUGGGCUGGAACGAAGCGAUGGACCUCGUUGCUGUGCUCCAGAGUGUAGAAAGCGACGCGUCGGUCUCGGAACUUUGUCUCUAUGCACACAGCAUGGGCGUAUUCCCUGCAGUGACGAAUCUGGCCGUUCGAGCAGCAGGUGCGGCCAAUUGGAAGAUGCAGGCGAAGCUACAGACGCUGCCACGUGCACUGCGGACGGCCGAGACUCGACAAAAGCUCAAGCCGAUCCGGGCACUUGUGCUUGAUAGUGCCUAUGCGUCGAUGAGGGACGUGAAUGUCGGAGUGUUGCGGGAGAUGCGAGACGAGGGGUUCGCUGUGCCCAAGGCGGUGUUGAAUGUGGCGACGGCAGCGAUCAACCAGAGCGUGAAGAAGCGCACGGGCGUGGACAUGGAGUUGCUGCGACCCGUGGACUUUGUCGGGCUUUGCUACGCUCCGGCGCUCUUUGUUACCGCAAAUGGGGAUCGCUACGUGUGCAGCAGUCAGAGUGAAGAGCUUGUGAGCAAGUAUGCCGGACCGUGCAAGUUGCUGCGCGUAGAGGGUGCUCACUAUGACCCGCGGGCCCCCUCGACAUACACACAGACGAUCGACUUUCUCUACGAUGCAAUGCAUCCAAGGAUGCAAAACGUCGUAGCUUCGGUACAGUGA